AUGACCAGCAUGGCGCCGCUGAAUCCCGCUUCUCAGGAGGCAAUCAACCGACUUCGAGCUUAUGUCCCCCCGCCAACCGCGUACGACUCUGUGCCACUGAUCCGGCGCGCGGCAGUGUUGCUGCUGCUGUAUGCCGACCGUCAGGGCGAGCUCCGGGUCGUGAUUACGAUCCGGGCCAAGACACUCAGUUCAUAUGCAGGGGAAGCUGCUUUACCUGGGGGCCGAGCAGAUUCACUGGCCGAGACGCCGUUCCAGACCGCGCGCCGCGAAGCGUGGGAAGAGAUCGGCCUCCCAGACACCGAUCAGCCGCUCCCACGACCGUUCGCCGUGGAGCACCUCUGCGAGCUGCCGGCCAAUCUUGCCAAAACCGAGCUGGUCGUGCGGCCGUGCGUCGCGCUGCUUCAUUCGUCUGAUCUGCUGACAGGGGAGCAUGCCGAUCCGGAGGUGUCGCUGAUUCCUCAGCUGGACGCUCGCGAGGUGGCCGCGGUGUUUACGGCGCCGUUCCGCAAUUUCCUGCGGCUGCGAGAAGAGGCGCAAGAUGCUGACGACCCGGGGGAUUGGUAUCGGGGGUCGUGGAGUUUGUGGCACGACUCCAACUGGCGCAUGCACCAGUUCUUUGUUCGGGACAAGCCACGCACCUCAUCCCAGCCAAAGCGCACCAUCGAGCAGGUCGAGGGGCAGGAACAGGGUCAAGUGCAGCGAUAUCGCGUCUUUGGCAUGACGGCGCGCAUGAUUGUGGAUGCAGCGCGGGUCGCAUAUGGGGAGGAGCCCGAGUUCGAGCAUAACAGUCAUUUCGGCGACGAGGCGAUGAUCGCCAGGUUGCGGCGGAUGGGCCGGCUUAGUGCGAUGCGCAAACCGUCGGAUGGAUUGACCCGCGAGACGAUGAAGGCAGCCAAACUCAGUUAG